CAAGGCACUGCGGCGGCGGCGGCGGCUGCAUCUUCUCCCCAUCAGCAACGGGGCUUCGGUGGAGGAAGGACCCGGGUGCUGAAUUUCCCCGCUGCGGCAGAAAGGCGUUGAAAAAGUCUGGAAAGGACAGGCGGAGGCAUCUGGCCCAUACUUCUCCUCAGAGAUCCUAUUGACUUUUGCAGCAAGAUGGAAAGUGAUGCAACUUGGGUGCUGCAGGACAGCGUGACUGACAAGAGAGAAGAAAUCAAAGCACAAUGUCGAAGAAAAAGUGAGGAUUUGCUGAGGGAGACAGAAGCUGAGAGGAAGAAUAUAAUCCGGGAGUGGGAGGAGCUGCGAAGGUUUGUCGAAGACCAAGAAAAACUCGUGUUGAGGAGGCUGCAAAAGCUGGACAAUGACAUUGUUCGGAGGAGAGAUGAGAGUGUUUUGGAAGGUUCUGAGCAAGUAGCAUUUCAUGAAAACAGAGAAAGCAACCAGAAUCCACUUGUGAAGAGCAUCAGAACGGCUGAAGGCAGGAAGAAUGGGGCAUUUCCUGAAUUUGAAAGCGGUUUUCUGGAACUGGAACAGAGGAUAAGACAUUUUUCAGAAAAGAGGAUGGUAUUGCAAGAGGUGCUACUGGCAUUUAAAGAGAUUUUGCAGCUGGAGCUGGGGAACGAUGCAGACCCAUCUUUCUUACCUGGGUGCCAAGGAAGGUCAUCAUUCUACUCCAGGUUUCUACAUCUUCACAGAAGAUGUGGAGGAAAAAUAGAGCUGGUUCAGGAGCCUGUGUCGUUCGAGGAGAUAGCUGUGCAUUUCACUGAGGGUGAAUGGGCUCUCCUGGACCCCCAUCAGAGAGCCUUAUACAGGGAUGUCAUGCAGGAGAACUAUGAGAAUGUGACCUCUUUGGUUCUUUCCCUCACCAAUUCGGAUCGGAACUCCUGGGUGGAGGAAGGGAACGAGUUGAUCUCCCUGGGUCUACACCCUCCGGGCUCUGAGAAAGGGAACAAACAUGAAGUCACCAGAACAGUGCAAGAUGGGCAGGAGAAAAAGGAGGAGGAGAAUCCAGCAGCAGAAAAUACAAAGGGAGAUGAAAAUCCUAAGAAAGGCAAUGUAAGAAAGGCAAGGAAAGACGUAGUGCCAGGAAAUACUAAGGUGGUUGAAAAGUCUAAGGAAUACAUUCUUAGGAGGAAAAAUCAAGUCCCCAGAAAUUCUAAGGAAAUUGGGCAGUCUAAGAGAGAUGUUCUGAGGAAAAACAGAGUUCCUGGAAAUUCUAAGGAAAUUAGACAUUCUAGGGGAAAUAUUCUGAGGAAAAAUCAAGUCCCCAGAAAUUCUAAGGAAACUGGAUGUUCUAGAGGAGUUCUGAGGAAAAAUCAAGUCCCCGGAAGUUCUAAGGAAGCUGGACGUUCUAGAGGAGAAGUUCUGAGGAGAAAUCAAGUUCCCAGAAAUUCUAAGGAAACUGACCAUUCUAGGAGAUUUAUUCAAAGGAAGAAUCUAGUGCUGAGAAAUUCUAAGGAAAUUGAGUGUUCUAGGGGAGAUGUUCUAAGAGAGAAUAUAUUUCCUGGAAAUCCUAAGGAAAUUGGGCAUUCUAGGGGAGAUCAAACUGCGGGAGGCAGUGGAAGACAGGAGCGCCUGGCGUGCUCUGGUCCAUGGGGUCACGAAGAGUCGGACAUGACUAAACAACUAAACAGCAACAGGGGAGACAUUCCAAAGAAAAAUCUAGUGCUGAGAAAUGCUAAGGAAAUUGGGAAUUCUAGGAGAGAUGUUCCGAGGAAAAAUCGAAUCCCUGGAAAUUCUAAGGAAACUGGAUGUUCUAGAGAAGUUCUGAGGAGAAAUCGAGUUCCCAGAAAUUCUAAGGAAAUUGGGCAUUCUAGGAGAGAUAUUCAAAGGAAGACUCUAGUGCUGAGAAAUUCUAAGGAAAUUGGGAAUUCUAGGGGGGGUGUUCUGAGGGAGGAUCUGGUGCCAGAAAAUUCUAAGGAAAUUGAGUGUUCUAGGGGAGAUGUUCUAAGAGAGAAUCUAUUUCCUGGAAAUCCUAAGGAAAUUGGGCAUUCUAGGGGAGGCAUUCCAAAGAAAAAUCUAGUGCUGAGAAAUGCUAAGGAAAUUGGGAAUUCUAGGAGAGAUGUUCUGAGGAAAAACCGAGUUCCUGGAAAUUCUAAGGAAAUGGGACAUUCUAGGAGAGACAUUCUGAGGAAAAAUCGAGUUCCUAGAAAUUCUAAGGAAAUGGGACAUUCUAAGGGAGAUGUUCUGAGGGAGAAUCUGGUGCCAGAAAAUUCUAAAGAAGACACCUCUUUCAGAAUGUGCAAAGAAAAAAUGCUCCAGGGUUAUGCUAGGAAAGAUGCAUCUUGGCAUCAGCGCAGAUCAGAAAGGCAGCAGAAAGCUGCACAAAAGACCAGCCAGGAGAAACCAAUUCCUUCUCAGGAUGACGGUGGGGACAUUGGUCAAACCACUGCCCAGAAGGAGAUCUGCAAGGACCAGAGGCAAAAAGCAUGCCCUAAAUGUGGGAAAGUGUUUAGUCAGAGUAUACUGCUUCUUAAGCAUAAGAGAACCCACACGGGAAUGAAGCCGUAUCAGUGUUUGGACUGUGGAAAAAUCUUCAGCCAGCGUUCCCACCUUAAUAUACAUAGGAGAACUCACCGCAGAGAGAAACCAUAUGAAUGCUUGGACUGUGGGAAAGCUUUCCAUCGGAGCUCCCAUCUUGCUUCACACCGAGGAAUCCACACAGGAAUCAAACCUUACAAAUGUUCAAGUUGUGAGAAGAGGUUUCGUCGGGGGCCUGACCUCAGGAGGCACCAGAAAACCCACACAGGAGAGAAAUUACAUAAAUGUUUGCAUUGUGGGAAAAGCUUUGGUCUGAGCUCUAGCCUUAUUAAACAUGAAAGAAUCCACACAGGAGAAAGGCCAUAUAAAUGUUCAGACUGCCCGAAAGGUUUCAGCCAGAUGUCUCAUCUUAUUGUACACAAGAGGAUCCACACGAAGGACAAACCAUACAAAUGCUCUAUCUGUGGCCAUGGCUUUAGCCAGAAAGCACAUCUCAUUUCACAUCAGAGAAUCCACACGGGAGAGAAACCUUUUAAGUGCUCGGACUGUGGCAAAAGCUUUAAACUGAACUCAGCAUGUAUGAGCCACGAGAGACGACACAGAAACAACUUGGAUGCUCAGACUGCUGGGAAAGUUUCUGUCGAGGCUACUGCUUCACUUGACGCCACAGGAUCGACAAGGAAGUCAAACCGUAGAAACGUUCAGAGAUUGGCCAAAGCUUAAUUGUGCUUAAGGAAAUGUAUUGUGAAAGGGGGAUUAUAUGGGUCCAGAGCAGAUGUGCCAUGGGAGAGUUGUGAUGAAAUAUCCUAGUUUAUUCUUUAUAUUGAAAGAAACAGUGAGUGGUUCCGCUUUUGAUUCCCUGCAUCAAAGGGCAGAUUCACACCAUAGAUUUAAAGCAUGUCCAACACACAUUUAAAGCAGAAGACUUCCCCACCAAGCAUUCUGGGAUUUCCCCCCUCACAGAGCUACAAGCAUCCUUAACAAACUACAGUUCCCAUGAUUCUCUGGAGGAAGCAAUGUGCUUUAAAUGUGUGGUGUGGAUUUCCUCCAAAUUUAAAU